AUGGCGGCCCUGGUCAUGCCGGCGCGGGCUUCCCUCCUGCUGCUGCUGCUGAGGCCGGCCUGGGCCGGCGCGGCGGUUGGCCGGAGAGGGGUGCGCGCGCUGAGGAGGAGCCCCGUCCGCGUGUUGCCCUCGCUCGCGCAGGCGCAGGAGCAGCAGCUCGUCCGCCCGAGCCCCCCUCAGGUCCAGCGUGGGCCUGCCCCGAAGGCCCGAGCCGACCCCGGCUCUGAGAGGAAGGAGCCCAAGAAAGCGGCCGCUUCGGAGCAGCCGGAGCCGGAGGAGAAGCUGUCGCUGCACUACGAGCGUGCCGGGCCCGGUGACAAGAGGCUGAGCAAAGUGGUGACGUUGGCCAAGUCGAGGGACUUUCGUGAGAGGCACGGGAAGAUCCUCCUGGAAGGCCGGCGGCUCAUCACCGACGCCCUGGCCGCUGGCGCCGUUCCCCAGACGCUCUUCUUCAGCACCGUCAGCCAUGUGAAGGAGCUGCCGGUAGACAAGCUGAAAGGCGCCAGCCUCGUCAAGGUGAAGUUUGAAGACCUGAAGGCCUGGUCUGACGUCAUUACUCCUCAGGGGGUGAUCGGAAUUUUCUCCAGACCAGAUCAUUCUAAAAUGACCUAUCCAGAAGUCGAGCAGCAACACGCGCUGCCCCUCACCCUGAUCUGCGACAACAUCCGUGACCCGGGGAACCUGGGUACCAUCCUGAGAUCGGCGGCCGGGGCGGGUUGCAGCAGGAUCCUGCUGGUCAAAGGCUGUGUCGAUGCCUGGGAGCCCAAGGUACUGCGGGCGGGGAUGGGCGCUCACUUCCGCCUGCCCAUCACCUCUAACCUGGAGUGGAAGGAGGUGCCAAGCUACCUCCUCCCCGGGACUCACGUGCACGUGGCCGACGGCGCCCAGGCGGUCACCCAAGCUGAGCCUGUGUUGUCGGCCGUGGCCAGCGGCCACGGCUGGGUCUCCAGACCCAGCAACUUGAAAGCCCAGCCGGAUUGGGACAUCGACGGCACGGGGAAAGGAGAAACGUUCUCGUUGGACGUCCACCAUUAUUACGAGCGCUGGAUGGACAUUCCCGCUGCAGUGGUGGUCGGCGGGGAGACGCACGGGGUGAGCGCUGACGCGGAGGAAUUAGCCCAGAGCACUGGGGGCAGGCGGCUGCUCAUCCCCGUGGUCCCUGGCGUGGACAGCCUGAACUCCGCCAUGGCCGCCAGCAUCGUCCUGUUUGAGGCGAAGAGGCAGCUCGCGGAGGUCGGAACGGCCCACGCUUCCGGCCUGCGCCUGAACUCCGAAACUGGACGGAGAUGAGCUUUGCCUCCGUUCUAGGCUCUCCGUCUCGUCGUGCGGCUCUCCUUUCGCUGCACCCGCUCCGGUUUGGGGGAACAGCUCACCCACUUCCAUGGCGGCCUUGUCGUUGCAGGGGAAGAGGAAAUGCACACUGGUAGGUGGAGCGUAACGUGCAGCCGGUUAUGAACAGCCCGGCAUGCCUCCUCAGCAAACGGGAUCUCCCCAACCCAUCAAAGACAACCCAAACGAUUCGCAGAAUGUACUGGUUGCUGUCCUCACUAUUGGCAGGGAUGCUGAAUUCUUUCUGCCUACCUCUGUUAAAAACAAACCAAUAACCUUUUCCUUGCAUGUUGAAAGCUAGCACAUCAGGGAAAAUUGAGUUUUUCCUCCCUCUUUGAUGUGCUAGUUGACUCCAUGCGGGGAAAUUAUUGUUUCAUUUUAUUAAGAGUGUGUUCCAGAAUAGGACGCCCCUACACGCCCGCAUGCUGUCCACGGCAGUGCCGUCCAGUUUUUCACCGCCAUGCGCUUUACAGCCGCUCUCGUUCCGCUUUGGUUUUGAAAUCCAAAGCCGGCAAAAGGUUGCUGCAGCCAUUAAGCCUUUGCCCACAUCCCUGGCAUGAAAAGAUACAGCCUAGCGCCUGUCUGCUUUCCCCUCCCGGGUUUUUCUGGCAGGAAAGUUGCAUUGCUGUACACUUGACUCAGCGGCUGGAACAGGACUCCUGGUUGACAUCACCGGCUGCCUCUGAUCCCGGGCCAAAGACGCGAAGCAGAGAGUCACCUCUGGCAGGCGGGCUCCCACGGCUCGCUGAAGCCCUGAAAUUGAGGCCUGUUUCAGCCAGGCAAAUUUGUGUCACUUCUCUGCCCCUCCCUGCCUCUUUCCUUCUGCACUGUGGCCUGUCCUCUCUGCCCCAGGGUGGGCUGAGUUCGCCGGCGCUUUCCAUCGCUUUGAAAAACAUCCCGUUUCCAAACAUUUCGUCCCACCCACGGGGCAGAAGCUCUGAGACCAAUUUGCUCUUUUCCCGGGAUCGCUUUUUAGCGCGUUCACGAGCUGCCCGCAGAACCUUGGAAUCUGUUUCCACUGAAAAGCAGUCGUCCUGCUUACACCCACGCCAGAUGUGUACAGAAUAAAUUCUGGGUUUGCA